ACGUCUGAUGUGGGCGGGAAUGAGACAAAGUGUGCUAAAGGAAACCAACAGCGGCCUAGGGGUGAAAGGACAGCCAGGGUUUGAUGUUCUCGGGAAGCGCGGGCAACCGAGAGAGUCCGUGAGCAUUUGUCCUUUUACCCGUCUGUCUUUAGCCUUAGUGUUCGGUAGCAGCGGGGAUAGCCCAGGGCCGGUGUAUGGCCACGGAGUUACAGUGUCCGGACUCCAUGCCCUGUCACAACCAGCAAGUAAACUCUGCCUCAACCCCAAGUCCUGAGCAGCUGCGACCUGGCGACCCGAUCCCGGACCAUGCAGGGGGAAACAGAGCCCCCAAGGCCAAGGUGACUCUUCUCACGGGGCACGCACAUUCUAGUCUGCCGGCCGAGCAGGACACCGGGGCCUGUGGCGGCUCCAGCCUCAUCUUAGAGAGCAACAGUGGUAGUGGUGACAGUAGCAGCUAUGACGCACCAGCUGGCGACUCCUUCCUAGGGGGCUGCGAACUCUCCCGGCAGAUCGGGGCGCAGCUUAAGCUGCUGCCUAUGAAUGAUCAGAUCCGGGAGCUGCAGACCAUCAUCCGGGACAAGACAGCCAGUAGAGGGGACUUCAUGUUUUCUGCGGAUCGUUUGAUCAGACUUGUUGUGGAAGAGGGAUUGAAUCAGCUGCCAUAUAAAGAAUGCAUGGUGACCACUCCAACAGGAUACAAGUAUGAAGGAGUGAAAUUUGAGAAGGGAAAUUGUGGGGUCAGCAUAAUGAGAAGCGGUGAGGCAAUGGAACAAGGUUUACGAGACUGCUGUCGAUCCAUACGAAUUGGAAAGAUCCUGAUUCAGAGUGAUGAGGAGACACAAAGAGCCAAAGUAUAUUAUGCCAAAUUCCCCCCAGACAUUUACCGGAGAAAAGUCCUUCUGAUGUAUCCAAUUCUCAGCACUGGAAAUACUGUAAUUGAAGCUGUAAAGGUUCUUAUAGAACAUGGAGUUCAACCCAGUGUUAUCAUCCUACUCAGCCUGUUCUCUACGCCUCAUGGUGCCAAAUCAAUCAUUCAGGAGUUUCCAGAGAUCACAAUUUUAACUACUGAAGUUCAUCCUGUUGCACCUACACAUUUUGGACAGAAAUACUUUGGAACAGACUAAGUUAUUGAAGUAAAAUGAAUUAUCUCGUGUAAUAUUACAAUCAUGUUUUGAUUUUCUAUUUGUUUUACUGAUUCAGUUGAGGGUGCCAGAAAAAAAUGUGUUAAAAUGCUUUUUAGUUUUAGAAGUGGGUAUAUUGGAGGUUAUAUCUCAUUUAGUUAUUUCUUUACUGUUAGCACCAAAUUCAAUAAUGAAGUACAUGCAAUUCUUAUAAAACACAAAUUUUAAUAAUACCCUAAUAUAAAUUACUGAGCCCUCAAAUCAUUAAAAUUAUUUCCUAAUUUAUGAGCCUCUUAGUUUGGAGGUUGCUUGAAGCCACAAAUAAAACUCAAAUGGGAGCCAGUUCUUUGUCCCAUUGUAUUUUGCAUUUUGUUUAGUUUGGUUUUAGCUCUAGUAAGAUUUCAUAUAUGUGGCUAUUGCCACAUUCUUCUACUGUUUUCUUUCUGAUACUGUUUAUUCUAGUAACUUGGAGAGGAGAAUAAAAGAAUGUCUCCUGGAAUUUUACAUUCCUAUUAAUGUCCUAACUCAAUUGGCAGACCUAGGAUGUAUGGGUAACUCUCAGGCCAUUAUGUUCUUCAUUGCUCAUUUCCCAAGCUGUGCAUUGUCGGUAGGUGCCUUGCUAAGCUGAAAUGCAGUGAAGAAGAUGGUGGGGCAUUUUCGGUAACUGGAACUAUAACAAUAAUUUACAAGAUUGAACCAGGUAUGUCUGGAUGCUGACAAGGGAGAGAGAGCCAAGCACUGUUGAUGCCAUCAAUACUCCAGGAAGGAAUUGGUGGUUUUUCUGAAGUGUGGGAGAAAGGGUGGUUUCUUGCUGAAUUUCAUGGCCAGCAAGUAAAUUUAAAUGCUUCAUUUUUAAUUUGGAUGUUUCUGCUAGAGACCUUUGAUUUGGAAUUAGUUAUUUUGCAUGUUUGUCAAUGGUAGAUGUAUUAAAAUAGAAAAAAUACCAUGCUUUUUAUAAAAACUCCUAAGAUUUGUGUAUGUUCAUCUUUAUGCUUCUGAAAGGGAGAGAAACAAUUUUGGAAAUCAAUGUUCCUGUUCUGAAAUCUCUUGUAAAACUCUGAUCUCAUUUUACGUUGAGAUUAAAACAUUUUAAUAGUG